AAAUUGGCGCCAUAUAAAAUUCACCAUAGACGUAGUAUAGUGCAUACGAGUUCAACACGAAUGGCAAAUAGUGAGCGAGAGUAAGUGUAUAUGUGUGGAAUGAUGAAGAUGUAUUGUAGCCGCCUUGGAAUAGAGUGAGAAAGAAUGACCGACGAACCAACGAACCAACAAAUAAAGAAAAACGAUUCACUGACACAUACGCAUACAUUGACAGUUUGCAUUUCGUGCCGUAUUUUUCGUUUUUUUCUUUCGGUAGUAUAUGUAUGUGAUAUGACACUAAUUGAAUCGCGCAAACAAAAUAUUCUGAGAGACGACGGGCCCCGAACAUCAAAUGAAAACUCACUUAUAAACCACAUGAAGCGAUUGUGCAGCAUAUUCGAUGGUGUAUUUUUUUCUUCGUUCUUUAAAUAAUUGUUGUGGAAUUAGCGAGAGAAAAAAAAUAGCAGAUUGGAAUAGCAAGCGAUUGAAAUUGUUCGUUGUAUUGGAGAAUAAAGUGUGCAAAGGGUGUAUUUGUUCAGGUGCCGUGUAAAGGUGGCGAUUCGCGUACAAUCACACACUAAAAAAAAAAUAAGGUUGACGGCGCGAGAGAAGUAAACGAAAAAAAAAAGUCGCAGUGGAUUGUUGUGUUUUCAUUGUUCAAGCGCAAUGUUUUGGUUGUUGCUCCAUGCGCUUUGAUCGAGCAACGAGAUAAAUGUUCGCGAUAAAAGUGUGUGACGCGUGAAACUACACACAAUUUUUUAUCCAUUGAAUUUCCGAUUGGUUUUCUUUUUUCGUUUUACAUUCGUAAAUUAUUCAUUUUCGGAUCAAUUAAACAGAAAGGAGCCUCAUGUGAUUCCGAGUGCAGUCAACGUUUUUGUUUUUCUUCGCACCAACAAAACAUCAUCACUUCUUUGUGUUGUCUAACAAAAUGCGAAUAAAAAUAGCAUUUGAAAUUGGCCAUGUGGCACAGCCAAAAAGUAAAGCAUCGCCUGAAGGAUUUACACACGAUUGGGAACUAUAUGUACGCGGCGCUGAUGGUAGCAUCAUUAAUCGAUUCGUUGAAAAAGUCGUCUUUAAUCUACAUGAAUCGUUUCCAAAACCCUGCCGAGUCUACAAAGAACCGCCAUACCAGUUGAAAGAGUCCGGUUACGCCAGUUUCAACUUACCCAUUGAUAUUUACUUAAAAGCGGGACCACGCGACGAUCCAAAAAAGUACUCAAUCUUAUAUGACUUGGACAUUUCCAAGACGACUGUACAAAAGCAUCCAGUGUACAUAUCAAAUCCAUCGAGUGAAUUUCGUCAUAAGCUACUUGAAGGCGGCGGCAUCAUGAUCAAUAACGACGGGCACCCGAGUGAUGAACGUACGUACUCACAGCCGGAUUCAACGACAAAACCUCGGCCGCAGACUAGUAGCGGUAGCGGUGUCGGUGUCGGUGGCAGCAGCAGCAGUAGUAGUAGUAAGAAGCACAAGAUCAAAUCGGAUGAUAUAAAACCGACGAGCACAUUUGAAAAUUUAUUCGGUUCACCGAUAAUAAGCUCAAAGAAUUCGCCCGAUCCGAAACUCAGCAAUAGUAGUAGUAGUAGUAGCAAAUUACCAAUAACGAAUAGUGGUAGUAAGAAUUCAUCACAAAAGCCGCCAAAGGAGCGAACAUCGGAGAAGAGUAGCAAAGAGAAGCGUGAAAAAAAGGAUAAAUCGGGUAGUACACCAAAAGAGGGUAGCAAAGAGACAUCCACAAAAAAAUCGGAUGACAAGCACGAGCGUCGUGAGGAGAAGCGAAAAGAGAAAAGCACCACCAAGGUUCGUGAACGCAGUAAGGAGAAGUCAUCAAAGCGGCCACCAAGCCCAAAACCCACUAGUCGCAGUCCAAAACGUUCAGCAUCACCGCCACGGGCUAGUUCAAGCAAUAGCAAUCGACACGAAAGCAUCAAUUCAAAAUACGAUGAAAAAGCGGCGAACAGUAGUUCGGGUAAAAAGUCAAAAAAAGAGAAGCGUGACAAGUCAAAAGAGCGCGAACGAUCGACAUCGGAAAAGAACAGCAAAGAUACUAAGCAUCAAAUGCAACAACAGGCCAAACAAAAAGAUGAAAAACCGAUCAGCAAAACAAUGGUGGAAAAGGUGAAUGGAUCGAGUAAAAAGGAUGAGCAUGAAUUGCCAAAGGAACGUGAUAAAAGCAACAAAUAUCGAACAUUCGAUACAAAACCGCCAUCGCCGCUGGAUGUGCCACCACCGAAAAUUUCCACACCGACUGAUUCGAAAAAGUCACAUGACAAAGACGAGCGCAAGCACAAGCACAAGAAAAAAGACAAAAACAAGGAUAAAGAUCGCAAAAAGUCGAAAUCCAAAGAUAUCUCCGAUUCAAGUCCAAUGUCAACGUCAUCAAAUCGCAAGCACUCCAAUGCACCAACGCCAACGGCACAAACAAGUGGCCGUGUUUCAAAUGCCAAAACCAAUGCAAUGCCCGCAUCGAUGUCACAAUCGAAUCAAUCGUCAAGUGAAUUUGAUGACGAUGAUUAUAUGGAUCGAACGUCACCCAAGCCCGACAAAGUGAGCAGCUCAAAUGACACAAACCAAUCAAUGGACCAUUUAAUUGAACCAAUCCCAGAAAUAGUCACACCACGAUCCAAUCAAACGGAUUCACCGAAAAAACAGGCGGAAAAAUCGUCGGGCAAAAAGAGCAAAGAGCCCAAAUCGAAUCAGAGUUCGGCAUCGAAAGAGGAAAAGAAGAAAAAGCGCAAAAAUAAAACGGACAAACAGAAACAUGAGGACAGUGGCAAUUCGAGUAAGCGUAAAACUCAAUCACCCAUCGGCAACGAUGAGCCACCGUCAAAAUUCUAUAAAAAAGAUGAUGAGAAAUUACCAAAAAUUAAAGAUGACACACAGCUCGAUUCAAUAAAAUUGUUACCUGGUCGAACGCCGCCCGUGCCCCACCUCACCGCAUCACCAUCCACUCAAAAACUAUACCAUCAAUCGCCCGACUCAUCGAAACAGGUGAAUCUGAAACGAAAUGCCGAGAGUGUAAUGAGUAAUAAAUCAAAAUUGGCUCACAUAUCACCCGCAACCACAUCCAGUUCACCGUCAUCGGACGAUGAUGAAACAAAACCGCCAAUAUCAUCCGCACAACAACCGCCGCUACCGCCACCAAUGAAUCAAUCAUCACAACACACCGAAUCACCCGGUGACAAACAGUACAUAGCGCAAUUGAAAGCGCUACAGCAAAAAAUCUUAACACUCGAUAAUAACGAUGAAUUGCAACAGGUGGUGGAAAUGAUAGCCGCAACCGGCUGCUAUGAAGUCACCAAUCAAACAUUUGACUUUGAUCUGUGUGCACUCGAUCGAACGACUGUGCGACGGCUACAAGAACGACUUGGCUGAUGAAUGCAGGCACCAACGCAAUUCGGUUGACAACUCAAAAUUCACAAAUUUAAACUUUCACAAAGAAUUUUUUUUCUUUCUCGAAGAAUAAUUUCGGUGAAAAAAAAAAAUUCCCGAAAUUUAUUUUUUUUUUCUUAGCAAUUUUGACAAAUUUUCAUUUUUCGAGAUAAAAUCUGUGUAUAAUUGUACUUCUACUCAUUCAAUGGCCAGCAUAUAUGGACACACACAAUUUUGUUUAGUCCACAUAGCCAACCAUAAACUACUAAAAAUACAACAUAAUAUUUGAAAUAUUUAUCGAUUACCUCAAGGCUCUAAGUUAAUUCAAGUUAUUAUUCGUUUUUUUUUUGUUACAUGUCACAAUUAAAUUGCAAACGAAAUUUUUUGAUUGUGUAAUUCUCUGAUUACUACUUCGUUGAAGUAAAAAAAUAAUUUUUGGAAUGAAAAAGAAAAUUCAUGCAAAAAUGAAGAAUGGAAAAUUCAACAAAAACAAAAGAAAAUAACAUAAUGUACAGUAUGAUGUACCUCAGUUGUAGGAAACAACCACUUUUCUUUGCUCUAGUAAAUAAGGAAUUAUCUCGUGGACCAAAAAACAAACACACACACAGAACCUGUUUUUAUAAUUAAGGCAGACUAACCAUAAUCACAUACACACCCCUAUAUCGACUCUUCCAUUUGAUGUGGAAAAUGAAAAGAAAUGAUUUUUUUUCGAUGCUAGAAGUGGACAAUAUCGAGCUUAAAAAGACAAUUUUUUGAGCUUCUUGAACAUUUUGAUGACACUUGAACUGAAUUCCAUGGAGAAUUUCAUGACUUUUGCGUUCUGAUUCGUUGUGAAUAGGUUUUUUGUUUGUAACAAAUCAAACUGCUUCCAUCAGAAAAAAUCAUUUCUUUUCAUUUUUCCAAUCCAAUACCUUUCUUGUUGAUAAUAAAUUUAAAAAAGACAUUUUUUCACAUGAUUUCUUACCUUUUUAACCGGCAAAUAGGCGGUAUCAUCCGUUCAGUUCUAUUUAAAAUGAUUUUUUUUCUUCAAUUUUUUCAUUUCUUUUCUAAAAAUUUCGAAAUAUUGUUCAAAAUUUUCAUUUAAAAAAUAUGCACCGGCAAAACUAUGAGAUUGUUUCCUAUUUGAGUGACUUAUGUUAUAUUCCCAUUCACCAACAAAAAAGAUUGUCGUAAUUAUUAUUAUUUAUUUCGUGUAAUUUCAAAAGAAAUGAAUGGCAUCAAAUACAUGUUUAUUUCUUCUAUUUAUCA